UCGAUUUUAUUUCCAGCUCUAGAAAAACUGCGUAUUUUCCCCGUGUUUUAGGCCCAGAAGUUCUUGUCCGAAUGAACAUGUAAAGCCAACCCGAUUUGUGCGGUGGAUCGGGGACUAAAGAUUCGAGCUGUGCGAGGGCUUUAAAGUGAAUUGAAGGCGUGCAAAGGAUCGAAAAGCGUCGAAACACUCGUUCUCCGUGUGUGUCGGCUCUCUCUUUCUCAGCGGCGGCGGCGUUCUGUGACGUCAGAAGCAGCGACGUCCUUCGCUGGCAGACGCACACACACACACACACACACACACGUACGCACGCUCACUGGCAGACACAAUACCACACUUAGAGAAACUCCCACCAAGAGAACCCUCCCCCUCAGCAACAACAAAAACAACAGCUUCGCCAGCAGCAGCAGCAGCAACAAAUUAAAGAGAGAGCAUUUAUAUUCCUUUGUGGCAACGCGAGUGGAGUGUACAUGUGUGUGUGUUUCGAGGCAGCCGCACCACUACAACUGCAACUGCAACUACGACUACAACUGCACUAGCAAUAGCGACACCAAGAACAACAACAACAACUAAGCACAACAACACAGCCAUAUAGCCAUAUAGCCAUAUAGCAACAAAAAUGGAACAGCCGAGCAUUCUCGUCAAAAUCCUGCACUCGAUUCCGCACGUGAAUUACACAUUCCGUCGGGUUAACGACACCUUCAAUCCGGACAGCGAUGUUUACCUCGAGAGUCUGGUCAUCCUGGCAUCCAUUCCCGCCGGUCUGCUGAUCGGCUCUCUGCUGGGCCUGCUGCUCUACCUGUUGACCAGAUGCUGCGAUCGCCGCCAGAGGAAGCCGAGCGCCCAGCGCUGCCAGAGCUGCUCCUUGGUCAUCAUCACGCUGAUGACCUGCGCUGCCAUCGGAUUAGGCUUGUACGGCAACGAUGACUUCCACAAUGGACUCCUGCAGGCGUUCGGAUCCGGGAAGAGCGUGGAGGGUCUGGUGCUCACCCUGAAACGACAGACGGAGAGCAUCAAGCACGACCUGGAGACGCGAAUGGCGGGGCACAAGGUGGAGCAGCUGGUGGAGAAGCCGCAGUAUAACCAGACGGUGGUGAUGCUGCUCAUCGAGACGUCGCGCCUGGUCACGGAGAACACCUCGCGGGCGGUGGCCUCGCUGGACAGCAUGGUCCACUACUUCAUGAAGGCCAAGGGCAGCGAGAACGACACCUCGCUCAUGGGAUUACUGCAGCUCGGCGAGUUCUACGAAUCGAUUCGCUGGCCAGCCACCCUGGCCUUCCUCACGGUGCUCCUGCUGCUCUGCACGGUUUUGGUGAUUGGCGUGGCCAGGCGAUCGCGCUGCACCCUGAUCUUCUUCAGCGUCUCGGGCCUGUUCUGCAUCAUCAUCUGCUGGCUGCUGGCAGGCGUUUAUCUGGCCUCCAGUGUGGCUGCCGGCGACUUCUGCAUGCGACCCCACGACUACAUGUGCCGUCAGGUGGGCAUGCGGAGUCCCUAUGUCGACUUUCUUAACUGCGGCACUCCGCGCAAUCGCUUCAUCCUGCGGCUGAAUGAGUCCCGGGAUCUGGUGGAUCGGGCCAGGGAAAGUGUGGAGCAUAUGCAGCGCAUGAGCCAGGAAACAUAUCCACACAUCGACAUCCAGCGCACUCUGAACGCCAUGGACAACGACCUGGAGAUCGCACUGCGCAACCUGACGACGCUGUCGGCCACUUUGGACCGCCGCGCGAUCGACAUGCACUACGAGGAGGCACUCCGCGGACUUUGCGGCGGCGGGCUGCUGGGACUCAGUCUGAUGAUGGUCGCUGGUCUGCUGACCUCCUUCCUGCUGACGAUCCUGGUGUACGCCGACUCCCACGCCUGGAUCUAUCUGACCAAGCGGCCAACGCUGGACGCGGACAAAUCGGAGACAGCGCCACUAUUCCCGGCCUCGAACGCGCCGAGCGCCAGCAUCUCGCCCACAGCACCGCUCAGCACGGGGACGAUCAACAGGACGCUGCUGCACCACCAGCAGGCGUCGUCGGGCGGCCUGGGCGGCGGCUCGGGUACCUUGCCGGGAUCUGGAGGCGGCGCAGGGGCUGGAGGAGGCGUCGGCGGCGCCAAUGGACACAAUGGCGUGGGGCCGUAUCGCAACGGAUCGGCGGGCCUGAGACAAGGGUUGGCAUCACCUUCAUCUCAAUCAAGCCACACCUCAUCCACCGCUACUUACAACAACCACAACAACGGCACCACCAGUUACCACAACAGCCACCAACAACACAACAACCACCUGUACAGCAACCACUACAGCCACAGCAACAACCACUACAACAGCACACAGCAUAGAACUAACCCUGCGGCGGGGGCGGUAGCAGCGGCGGUGGGCGUGGCCAGCAGUGGCCAGCGAUCGCCGUCGCCGCCGCCUGUCUACGAUUUGGUGCAUGGCACAAGGUCAGGACACCACACGCUGGGACGCCUGCCAUCGCACCACCAGCAGUCGGCGACGUAUUUGCCGGGACCCAACAAUGGAAAGUACGCGACGCUCAGCAAGCAGUGUAAGACGCUCGAGUCCAACGACUUCUACUGAGAUUCGCUUGCCUGCAGUUCCCAUGCAGGCAGUAGCAGCAACACAGCACAGCAGCAGCAGCAGAACUUGCAGCUCCAGCAGCAGCAGCAGCAGCAGCAGCAGCAGCAACAGAGCAGCCUCAUCAAUCAGAACCAAAGCCAGAGCACGCUGAAGAACAUCUUUGCGUCGGCCACCCUGCCCCGCUCGACGGGCAGCUCCAUCCGGUCGGUGCUCUCGGUUCAAACCUCCAACGCGGGCAUCUGCCGCUCCACGGGCAACGGCUUGGACGGCGACAUGGUGGACGACCGCGAUCCCAGGGAUGUGACCAACACCAGCUUCAAUCGCUUCGAUCCCAAGUACAUAAGCAUUGGUCCCAAGGCGGUGAGGGGUCAGAAUAACAAUCUUAAUAUCAUGUCCGUCGCCGGCAGUGCCAAUAAGUGUGCCACUCUGCGACAUGUGGGUCGCUAUGGUGGCUCGCUCAAGGGUGUGUCCGCCGUCAAUGCCACGCCCUCGCCCGCCGCCGCCCCAGCUGUCCAUUCGCCGAACUUGAGGAGCGCCAAGACGCCGUCGAUAGCCACCGUUUCGAAGGAUUAUUGCCAGCAGCCGGACUGCAUUCCUCAGGAGUUCCUCCUCCAGCAGCAGCAACAGCUGCAGCAGCAGCAGCAACAACAACAGCAGCAGCAACUGCAGCAGCAGCUUCAGCAGCAACAGCUGCAACUCCAGCAGCAGCACCAACAACAGCAACAGCAGCAGCAGCAGAUGGUGCCCCCUGCUCCGCCGCAACCAGCGCCUCCGCCUCCACCCAAACCAAAGAUAGUCAAUACGUUUACGGAAAUUCCCGGCACCACGGGCGUGGGCAGCUCGUAUGCCAAGGAGCAGCAGCAACAGCAGCAACUGCUGGCCCUGCAGCAGCAGCAGCAACAGCAGCUGCUCGCCCUCCAGCAGCAGCGGGAGCGGGAGCUGCAGCAACAACAGCAGCAGCAGCAACAGCAACAGCAGCAAAGAGAGUUGCAUCCACCGACCACCCACAUACUACCCCCUUCGGCUGUCUACAGCAUCGAGAGCAGCGAGGUGUUGCCCACAGCCGCGCCGCGUGCGCAGCAGCGCUCGCUGAAUCCCGCAUCCAUUGUGAACCAACCGCUGCCCGAGAUUCCCACCAAUCAGCAACAGUCAAAGAUCUCCGCUCAGCCGCUGUGCGCCGCCAGUUUGGGGCAGUACCGCUCGCUGCAGCGUCCUCAAACCCAGAAGUUGCAGCCGGCUUCCAUCUCCUCGCCGCAGCAGCCACCAACGCUGCCGCCCAAGAACCGGCACAAGAAUAGCAACCGCGGUGGAGCCAUCGACAGCAGCAAUGCCAAUCACAUGCAGACCUUGCCGCCGAAGUCAGCCAGCCUAAGACAGCAACAGCAGCAGCAGCAACAACAGCAGCAGCAGCAGCAGCAGCAGCAGCAGCAGCAGCAGGAGCGCGAAAGGGAGCGAGAACGCGAACGGGAACGGGAGAGGGAGCGUCCGCGGAGGGCGGAGACCCUGGACAAUGCUCGCAGCUACAUUGAACAACAGCAACAGUAUCCCGGCCACCUGAUAACCAGCAGCAACAUGAAGAAGCAGCACUCCUACGACAGCAGCUACCAUCAGCAACAGCAGCAGCAGCAGCAGCAACAGGCCUUCUAUCAAAGGCAGCACAACAACAACUUCUCGGCCAAGCAGCAGCAGCAGCUGAUGCUGGAGCAACAGCAGCAGCAGCAGCAACAGCAGGCGCUGUUUUACAGAUCGCUGAAACGGGGAGAACGCGUAGCCACUGGCAGCGGAGGAGGGACUGGCGGAGGAGCCGCCAUUAGCAACCAGAGCGAUCUGUACUCGGUGACGGAGUUGUAGGAGUGCGCCUGCUGCGGCGGCGGGGUGGAUGUGGUGCGCCGAGGCGCCUCAUCCACAUCGCUGCACGCGGCGGCGGCUACACAAACCCAGACACACACCCAAAACCAGACGCAAUCGCAGAACCAGGCGCCUGUCCCCCUGCCACCCAAGAAGCAUCGCCAGCGGGAGCGGGAGCGCAACCUAGAACAGCGGGAACAGCCGGCACCCUGCAACGCCAAUCUGUGCGAGGAGCACGAGUACGAUGAGUUCUAUCCCCAGGCCUAUGAAAUGCAUGCGGUUGUCGGAGGAACUGCCGGCCCGACGGGUGGAGGAGCAGCUGCAACUGGCUCUGGUUCCAAGCACGGCAAGCAGGGUCAGCAGAGAGCAGCCACCUUCGAUGUGGCCGAUGCCAGGGACUACGAACUGAAGCGUCUGGGCAACCGGAGGUCGCAGCAGCAGGCGGCUCCUAGCAAAAGAAACGGAGGCGCAGCAGUAGCAGCUGUCAGCCAGGAUCACCAUCGUAGCCACGAUCGCGAGCGGUCGCGCAGCGAUCACCGCAUUGCCAGCUAUGCCUGCGAAGAGGUCAACUCCUCGGCGCUCUGCAGCGCCGGCUCCAUGAGCUCCAUGCUGCAGCCAGCCAAUGGAACUGGUCACCGGAUCGGCAGCCACCAGCACCAGCGGGAUCACCAUUCGCGGGAUCAGCAGCAGCAGCAGCAACAGCAGCAGCAGCAGCAACAGCAACAGCGGGAGCGACGCGAGAAGACCUUUAAGGUAUGAUUUUUAGAGACGUCAUAAGAAUUGUCCAAUCCGCGCCAGGACACCAGAAACGGCAGCUCCAGGCGGCGGACGCGUUGAGGGGUAAAUGGAAAGCUAACGUGGCGGAUUCUACAGCGAUUACGACAAGGUGAACCCCCACUCAUUGAGAAAAGUUGAGCAGAAGGAGCGGCACCAUUGUUGGCCCACCAUUGGCAUUGGCACCACCCGGAGACCCCAGCCUGUUUUUAUGUUUAGCCUAAGUCGCGUCUUUACCCUAUGUCUAUGUCUAUCUCUGUCCAUGUCCACGUCCACCAGCGUCCUCUCCCUUUCACUUGCGUGCGAAAACGACCCACACACACACGUGCAUAUAUGCAUAUAUAUAUAUAUAUAAAUAUAUAUGUAUAUACACCCAGAUUGUAUUGUAAAAACCGACCUCUUCUGAUUGAUUCAAGUUGUAAAAGCUGCUUGAAGGGCUGCAGUGUCGAAGGUAGCGGUCGAAACAAAGCGCAUCACUUCACUCACUUCAUUUUCGUGCAUUGCAAAUUGUUCUAUAGCAUAUGGCAUUCCUUAAUGCCAUUUACCACAAGCAAUAUUUAAAAAACCCAUUUCUAAUGAUAGUUCUGAGCCAUGCAGCUCUUCAGGCCUGUGGCGCUAUUGCCUUGACCGCUGCUGUGCAUACAGCCAAGUACAUCCAACCUACAAAAGUUCUCUGCCCUGUGUUGUUGCCUAUUGUUAUAUAAAUAGUAGAAAACUACGAUUAACCGUAACGAAUACUUUUUUGUGACCACUAUUCAUACGUGUAUAUUUUAAAAGCCUAAGUUAAGUGAAAUUUAGUUCUAAGCGCAAACCUAUUUAUUUACGAAAGUUUGUAAGCCUCGACCCCAAAAAAUAUUAUCCAAAAAGGCCACAAAGCGCAGACACACUCGGCGAAAGAUAACUAGGUGCUCCUGAGCAUUUUCAAACGAGUUUUCGUUUGAAUAUUCCCGAGAAUCCAAGUCCGUCUCUGUCUCGCUUUUUCGCUGCUUGAGGAACUCUUAAUUUUUAGAUGGAGUGUGUGUGUUAUUUUUAAUUUAUUAACCUUUUUUUUGUAUAAGCGAUUUAUGCUGAUUUUUUUUGUUUGAGAAUCCGUUGCGAGAACCAACAACAACAACCACAGCGACACGUACGUAAAAUUUUUGUGACGUCAGAAAUCUAAAAGAAAGGAAAACAAAGUAUGAAAAACCAGAAGCAACACUGCACAAAAAGAAAGAAAGAAAUUUCACAAAAGAACACACAAUAUACUUUAAAGGUUUAACAUUAAACAUUUAACAAACAAGCAAAAGACGACAAGAAUAGGAAAAAGGAAAAGUUCUUAACUCAAGCAAUAUAAAGAAGGAUAACAUAGAACAUAAAAUCGAAAAGAAGCCAUACCAAGUUGUUCAACUAUUUUAAAGAGAAUUCAGCAAAGCAAAAUAACAAAUAAACAAGCGAACAUUUACACAUAAAAAUACAUAAAAUACCUACAUGUUUAUUAUAGAGCAAGCAUAAGGAAUAUAAAUUAAUCUACAACAACCACAAACAAUGUUCAGGUCAAUAACUGCAUUUAAAAGGAGGAAACCCUUAUUAGGCGGUAAAUUAAACGAAAUGCUCUUUUUAUAUACAACUAUAUAACAUGCAAAUAUAUAUACAUUAUAUACAUUAAACGAAUUGCAAGUACCCAAACACACAGACAAGCGAUAAAACACAAAGUAAAGCAAAAAGCAAAAAGCGAAAAGCAAAAAGGAGAAAGGAACAACUCAGCAAAGUUGUUGGCACAGCGGAAGACACACAAACAUUUUAUACAAAACUAACAUAGUUAUACCACACAAAAUAUAAGACACCGAACAGUUGUGGAAGAAAUAAUUGUAGUGCCAUUAGAGAUUGGAAAAUUGAAUAAAAUUUUAUUGUAAUUAUGAAAUGUA